AUGGCGGCGACGACGAGCGACGAGAACAGCACCGGCGGAGGUGUAGGACUCACGACGGGCGGAACUGGCGCGGCGCCCACUGUCAAGAUGCAACAGUCGCGGCAGGACGCGCCAGCUGUCACACCGGCGACUGUGACCGCAGCAGCGGCACCCGCCAUGACGACGGCUUCGGCAGCGGCGACGGCCGUGGCAGCGGCCGCCGCGGCCACGGCUGCCGCAUCGCCUACUGCCUCUGGGGCAAACGGUAGUGGUGGCAACAACAACGGGGUCGGCAAUAGUUCGCCGACGACAGCGGCGCAGACAGUGGCGGCCAUCAAUAAGAAACGCAAGAAGGAAGGCCUGAAGCCCAUCAUCACGACGGACAACCCGGCGACUGGGUCAACCCUGUCUUGCUCGCGUCUGAUGCUGGACCCUGGAUCUGGUCUGUGUGUCGCCGCCCAUCCUGGGUCGUGUCCUGCUGUGCGGUGGUUCCGCAGCAUGGGGGACGUGAAUCGAGCACAGGUCGCAUUCUGGUUCAUGAUCGCUGCCAGAAAGAGGCCCAUUUCGAACUUGCUGAGCGGGUGGCGCAUUGGUGGUAUUGGUGGCGAUGGCAAGGAGGACGGGCUCAGAUGGACGCGUGCAAAGCUGAGUCGGGCAAGGAUCUGGCCAGGAGAGCACUGCGGCCGAAAGAGAAGUUUUGCGGGGACGGAAGACGGUGGAAUCCCAAACAAAGACCACUUGUCCCCACGGAAUCUGGCCCCGAGGCUGUGA